UUUAUCUGAAGCGUGACUUUUACUGGACACAGAUGUCCUGUUUAGAUAUUUAAAAUCAAAUGUUGUAUAAGUCGUUGUCAUUUUCAAGAUGUUUCGUCAGCUUGCCGUAUUGCUGGUGGCGAUAGGUUUAACAGCGGCCGCCAAUCCGUCAACCGGAAGUUGUCUCUGUGUAACAGCGAAUAGCGUCAACGUCAGAGAUGCUGCUGGGUUAAGCAGUCACGUGAUCGCGUCAGCCAGUCAUGGUCAGUGUUUCAAAUUUAAUGGCGGGAUCUUAACAAAGGAUGGAUACAAAUGGUAUGAACUUCAAGACGUAAAUGGCCAUCAUCGAGCAUGGAUUGCUUCCAACUAUGUGUCAGUGUCAUCUGCCUCGCACUGCUCACAUACGUCGUCAGGUACACAUUCCGGAAACUUUGCAACAGGCCUUGUAUCUCACGCAUGUCUGCAAUGUAUAUGCCAGCAAGAGUCCGGCUGCAAGCCGAUUGGCUGUCAUUUUGAUGUGAACUCCGAUUCGUGCGGAUAUUUCCAGAUCAAAGAAGGCUACUGGCAAGACUGUGGGUCUCCUGGAUCAAGCUGGAAGAGCUGCGCUGACGACUUACACUGCGCUUCACUAUGCGUACAGAACUACAUGAAAAGAUACGCAUCACACUAUAGUUGUCCAGCGACAUGUGAGGGAUACGCACGUGAGCAUAAUGGCGGCCCGAGAGGUUGUCAUCACUCAUCCACCCUUAGUUACUGGAGUGGUGUAAAGAGCCACUCUGGUUGCCAUAAUGUCCACUGAAAUGGAACUCUAUAAUAAAUAUGUGAACUAAAAA